CUUCACAGUGCCCACCAUUCGUCGCCAAAGUUUAUAAUCAAAAGCCCGUCUCUUAAUUUCCAAGAACCUUCACUACUAGUGAGAUCAAGCCCAACAUUUACGUGUGUGUGUGUGUGUAUAUAUAGACUCCAUUUCCGAGCAUGAAUCACUCAACUUCCUCUCUUGCUCGUCUCAACGACAAUCUCGAAAUCUUUUCCCGCGAACUUUUCCUUCAUCUGUGCCUACCUUUCUUGCUAGAUUACAAGUUGCGAAGCUAAAAACCCAAGAAGCUCUUGUUCUUUGAAGACAAUGAGUUACAUUUCAAGCAACAGAACGCCGUUGUUAUCGAAAAUAGCCACCAACGAUGGCCAUGCCGAGAAGUCCCCGUAUUUUGAUGGGUGGAAGGCUUAUGACAAGAACCCAUUUCAUCCCACACAGAAUCCCAAUGGCGUUAUCCAAAUGGGUCUUGCAGAAAAUCAGCUUUGUUUCGAUUUGGUUCAAGAAUGGCUUGUGAACAACCCAAAAGCCUCCAUUUGCACUGAGGAAGGAGUGGACAAGUUCAGGGACAUUGCCAUCUUUCAGGACUAUCAUGGCUUGCCCGAGUUCAGAAACGCUGUGGCAAAGUUUAUGGGGAGAGUGAGAGGGGACAAGGUCAGGUUUGAGCCUGACCGGAUUGUCAUGAGCGGGGGAGCCACAGGAGCUCUUGAGCUGAUCACAUUUUGCCUGGCUGAUCCUGGUGAUGCAUUCUUGGUGCCAACCCCCUAUUAUCCAGGAUUUGAUCGAGAUUUGUGUUGGAGGACUGGAGCGCGACUUCUUCCCGUGGUCUGUCACAGCUCUAACAAUUUCAAGGUCACCAGGAAGGCUUUGGAAGAUGCAUACGCAAAAGCUGUUGAGGCCAACAUCAGAGUAAAAGGGUUGCUCAUAACCAAUCCAUCAAACCCACUGGGAACCAUCUUAGACCGAGACACGUUGAAAGAACUCAUGAGCUUCAUCAACGAGAAAAACAUCCACCUAGUUUGUGAUGAGAUAUAUGCUGCUACAGUCUUUCGUCAGCCCAAUUUCGUAAGCAUCGCGGAGAUAAUCGAGGAAGAUCAAGAAUACAAUCGCAACCUUGUCCAUAUAGUUUAUAGCCUCUCGAAAGAUAUGGGCUUCCCCGGUUUCAGGGUUGGGAUUGUGUAUUCAUACAAUAAUGCCAUGGUAGAGUGCGGCCGGAAGAUGUCCAGCUUCGGUCUAGUAUCCUCCCAAACUCAGUACCUAAUUGCAUCCAUGUUAUCGGAUGAUCAGUUCAUCGGGAAAUUCCUUUUAGAGAGUUCGGGGAGGUUAGCCACGAGGCAUAAGGAUUUCACUGACGGACUUCGUCAAGUAGGCAUCAAGUGCUUGAACAGCAAUGCGGGUCUCUUCUUAUGGAUGGAUUUGAGGGGGCUCCUCAGGGAGAGCACUGUGGAGGCAGAGGCGGCUUUGUGGCGUGUCAUAAUUAACGAUGUCAAGCUCAAUGUCUCUCCGGGUUCUUCCUUUCACUGUUCAGAGCCAGGAUGGUUCAGAGUUUGCAUUGCCAACAUGAAUGAGGAGACCAUGAAGGUCGCUUUAACACGAAUCCGAGAGUUUGUGCUGAGGAAUGGCGAUAAGCCGGGCAGGAAGGAAAAGUCUUGCCAGAGCAACCUAAGACUCAACUUCCCGUUCCGAAGAAUGGAAGAUGUGAUGAGGACGCCCUGCAUUAUGUCCCCUCACUCGCCCAUCCCUCAAUCACCACUGGUUCAAGCCAGAACUUGAAGAUGAUAAUCGCGUAAUUCUACAAAAGGGAAAAUUAAAUUCAAUUUUUCUGUGAAAUUCAACGUUGUCCAAAUGUAAAACAGCGCACUGGAGUCCUUAUGUGCUUAGUAGAUAGAUCAAACAUUCUUUUGGUAGACAAGAAAAAAAAAAUAGGUCAGGACUAUUACCUUGUAACUGGGUGCAAAAUGCAUCCUGCGAAAAGUUAAUUUGUUCGUUCUUUCAUUCCAUUUUUUCAUCAAGCAUGGCAUUUUAAGUC